AAAUCCCCAAACAACGUGUUCGACGCUGCAGUCGCCGAUUCAAAAUAUUUUGGCUUUUGGCUUUUUUGAAAACGUCUUUCCAGCCUCUUGGAUAAUAAAUAGCGUAUUGUUGUCGGUGCGAUUCCCGACCAUCAAAGUUGGGAAAGCAUGGAUCCUGUACCCGACCUGCCCGAGAGCCAAGGUUCUUUUCAAGAACUCUGGGAGACUGUUAGUUAUCCUCCGUUGGAAACUUUAUCACUUCCAACUGUAAAUGAGCCCACCGGGUCAUGGGUCGCAACGGGGGAUAUGUUUCUCUUGGAUCAAGACCUCAGUGGAACCUUCGAUGACAAGAUCUUCGACAUACCGAUUGAGCCAGUUCCCACCAACGAAGUAAACCCGCCACCUACCACCGUCCCGGUGACCACCGACUACCCGGGAAGCUACGAACUGGAACUUCGUUUUCAAAAAUCUGGCACUGCAAAGUCUGUGACGUCCACAUACUCUGAAACUUUAAAUAAGCUGUACUGCCAGCUUGCAAAAACCAGCCCCAUAGAAGUCCGGGUAAGCAAGGAGCCUCCAAAGGGCGCCAUUCUCAGGGCCACUGCGGUCUACAAGAAGACGGAGCACGUGGCGGACGUGGUGAGGAGGUGUCCCCACCACCAAAACGAGGACUCUGUGGAGCACCGAAGCCAUCUGAUUCGGGUGGAGGGCAGCCAGCUGGCCCAGUAUUUUGAAGACCCUUAUACCAAAAGGCAGAGUGUUACAGUUCCUUAUGAGCCCCCGCAGCCGGGCUCUGAGAUGACCACCAUCUUGCUUAGCUACAUGUGUAACAGCUCGUGCAUGGGGGGGAUGAACCGCAGACCCAUCCUCACCAUCCUCACUCUGGAAACCGAGGGUCUGGUUCUUGGCCGGAGGUGUUUUGAGGUCAGAAUCUGUGCUUGCCCGGGGCGGGACCGCAAAACGGAGGAGGAAAGCCGGCAGAAAACGCAGCCCAAAAAAAGGAAGGUGACACCCAACACCUCCUCCUCUAAGAGGAAGAAGUCCCACUCAAGUGGAGAGGAGGAGGACAACAGAGAAGUCUUUCAUUUUGAGGUUUAUGGGAGGGAGCGCUACGAGUUCCUUAAGAAGAUAAACGAUGGCCUUGAACUGCUGGAAAAGGAGAGCAAAAGUAAAAACAAAGAUUCUGGGAUGGUCCCCUCCAGUGGGAAGAAGCUGAAGAGCAAUUAAAGAACUCAUGCAUGGAACAAUUUGAUUUUUCUUCUUCUACUUCUUGGUUUCAUAAAUUACUUUUUUACAUUUUUUAAAAUUUGUACUCUUCUUUGUAACCUAUAGUUAAUUGGCAUGAUCAGGAUAUUUGUAGGGGGGGGUCGGCUGGAUCACCCCCCCAAAACGGCGUUUUUUGUUUUUGUACAAGAUUUAUUGGGAUAAAGGUAAUUUGUCCUCAGUAUAACAAAUAAUGAGUAGGGGAUAAAACUUCAGUUUGUUCUGUUUUGAGAAAUAAUAGUGCAGCACUUUGGUUUAAUGGACCAAUGUUUUAGUUCGACACUGACCACACAUUUAGAGGCAUUUUUGUCUUCCAGUAUGCUUAUAUUUUAUUAUAAUCUUAGUUCUGUAUGAGUUUCACACUUAUAUAUAUAUAUAUAUAUAUAUGUGUAUAUUUUUUGUCAUUUGUAAUGAUUUACUUUUUUUUUGUACCAAAUUCCUUGUUAAAUAAAGUUUUUCUGCUCC